CCCUGGACGGGGCAAGGCUCGACAAAAUUCAGCGUUUCUCCGGGUCGCCGAAACAGAAGAACAAGGUCCCGAGGAAGACCUUGAUGAAGAUAAGUUAUCGACGCUGCAAUAGAAUAAAGUGGCGAAAGACGGACGGAAACGGCAACAGGAUUGUUCUGGUGAGCUAAGUAUAGACUGCCGUUUCUCCACCCUUUCCUAGCGGCGAAGGCUUGCCUGUCAGACCAGCUCACUGCCAACACACUGGCUGAUGUAUUUUCGGCUACGAACUAAACAACGUGGUCAAGGAACCAGCUCAAACUUGCUGUUGAACUUCGCAAGGGGCGGGAGGAAUUUAGAUUGAUUCACAGCUCGUUUCGGAGCGGGACAACUCCAGCUUGAACGUAGCGGUAUCCGGCCUGGGCCUUUGCUUGGACGUCGCACGCCGACGAGGAUUGCAAUCUCUCGAAACUAUAAAGAUCAGUCACAACGCUCAACAUGUCCAAAAAUCUGAAACAAAGUAGUCAACGACUUGCAGCGGCUACGGGACAAGGAGGAAAGGGAUUACCACCACUUGCCGGUGCCAGCAAGAGGAACGACAACAGUGCGCGAUACCCCACAGAUUUGCCAGUGCAGCCAGCAACAGCAUAUCACGGAGGGAAUCUUCCAGGAUUCAAGCGUGAAACAGCGCAUCACCUACCGCUACAGUCACCCGCGCAAACUCCGAGCAGCUCACACCGUGCUCAGGAUCGACCACGCUACCUGCCCUCAGAGUCAUUAGCCUCUCCUCAGUGGCCAGGCCCUCAAGACAGUACACACAGUAACUAUACAAGUCUACCGGCAAUAACAAGGCCAGCCAGCCAGCAGCAGCAGCAUCACCAGCAGUAUACGCUACACAAUCAACCCAGCCAAUCAUAUCCAAGUGCAAGCCAUGGGAAUUUCUCAUCUCAGAAGUUGACCACACCAGUAACAGGUCAACAUCAGCAUCAGCAGCCGCACCAUCACCAUCACCACCAUCACCAACAACAGCAGCAUCCAGUACUUGAUAGCUACGGUGGAGGUAGUUUGACGUGUGCUUCGCCAGCAACCUCAGUACUCACAGAGCUGCUGCCACCAGCAGCAGGGGGACGGCUUCCCGUGGACAGAGGUCAAAUCAUUGACACCACCAAGCAAGCAUUCCCCUAUCCUGGAAUGACAGCAACGCAGCAGCAUCAGCUCACAGCAGAACAACAGCAGCAGCAGCAACAGCAGCAACCACAACACGGCCAGCUCCAGCAUUCCCAGGCAGCAGCCCCCCAUCACCAUCACCAACAGCAGUCAGUAUCAGGUCACGCAUCUACCUUGCCGCCGCUUGCUGGCGAGCCGAGAACAGUAGCACGCCUAUCACAUGCCGGUGCGGUUCAGGCUCUAGCUGGUGAUACACUGGGACAAGCUGCCUACAGUGGUGAGCCGCAGACCACCGGACUAGCACUGCCUAGCAUCAGUGCUUCUAGUCAAUUCCCUGCCAUGUUCCCGACUACAGACACUCUAAGUACAUUGGACUCCAGCCUCACAGCCAGCACAGCACUACCUCCGUUCCUUACUGCCGCUAGCCACGCUGGCGGUGUAGCGGGCAAUUUGACGGCCACGACGGGAUUGUCCGGUGUGGCGUCUCCGUCUUCACUUCAACUGCGUCAGCUCAUCCAGGCCUACGGCCUACUGUCGCCGUCCACAUUCUCUCGGGCCGUGUGCAAGCGUGGCCACUCCAUCUCACCACUCUCAGACCUUAUUCCAGGCGACCUGAUGAACUCCCUUGUCCGUGGCUCUCCCAUGCCACUGGUGGCACUCGAUGCAAGUACUGGACAGCAACUUCACCUUAGCCAAAUCCAGCAACACCAACAGCAGCAGCAGUCAUAUCCUGCUGGCACGACCAUGGCACAAGCCACUCUCCCACAACAGCCUGGUCAGCAGCGGCCAGUGACAGUGGAUAUGGCAGUGGUGACUGCAUCCAACAGCAACAACAACAACCAGAGGUAUGUCACGCAACAACAGCAGCAGCAUGCUGGUGGUGGUGGGCAUGAAGAAAGCAUGGUGAUUGGUAGCAGUGACAUGCAUCAGGACGUGGCUAUGCUGCACAACACUGCUGCUGCUGCCACUACUGUAGCAAUGAGCAGUGCAGAGUCAUAUGCACACGGUCAUGCGCCGCCAACAGUACACUACACAGGAGCAAGCAACGACGGCAACGACAUGGGACAGUUGUCUCCUCCAAACGCACAGUACCCUCCUCAUCAUCCAAUGGUCACUAACAACAUCAGUGUCAAUGUCCAGACCACAGUCACGGACACCUCACCAUACGAGCACAUGACACCUCAGAUUAGCCAGCCACACCACCACCACCACCAGCAGCAGCAGCAAGAACAGCAUCACCACCAGCACCAGCACCAGCAGCAGCAGGAGCAGUCAGCAGCGCAUCAGUCAAUGAUGGGUCAUGACGGUGGACACUACGACUACCCCGUGCAUGUGGACAUCAACAGUUCGUCGCAGUGCACCGUACCGGGCUGUACGCAAUGCGGCCCCAUGAUGUCCAUGCAUCAUCACAGUGUAGCAAUGAUGCAGCACUGUCCGCCGGCACCGGAAGAGUACCUUGUGGAGAUGCAGGUAUGUCGCUGGUCCAAUUGCCUGAUGCAGUUCCCUGACCAGGAAGAUCUGGUUCAGCACAUUGAGAAGAUGCACAUUGACCAGCGGCACAGCGACGACUACAUCUGCCUGUGGACCGGCUGCUCUCGUCAGCAGAAGCCGUUCAAUGCACGCUACAAGCUGCUGAUUCAUAUGCGUGUCCACUCUGGCGAAAAGCCGAACAAGUGCACGCAUGAUGGCUGUGACAAGGCGUUCUCUCGCCUGGAGAACCUCAAGAUUCACAUGCGUUCCCACACUGGAGAGAAGCCGUAUCCUUGCCAGCACCCUGGAUGCACAAAGGCGUUUUCCAACUCGUCCGACCGUGCCAAGCAUCAGCGCACGCACAUUGAGCAGAAACCCUAUGCAUGCACCCAUCCCGGCUGCACUAAGCGUUACACGGAUCCCAGCUCACUUCGCAAGCAUUCCCGCACUCACACCAAGGACAUGCAGGCAGCAAGGAAGAAGAUCAAACUUGACGACACACUGGGCUCAACAGAGAAUGGUAUUGAAGGUCUGGACAGCCUCCUCUCCAUCCAGUCUCUUAGCCAUGGCAGUCCGAAGGGCACCACCAUGGCAGGCACGUCGGACAUGUCCGCUGUCAACUCGCCCAGUGCAGCCAGCCAGCACAUGCCCAACGUUUCACUGAUGAGCCUCGGAUCGCCGCGCGAGUCCAUGCCCGGAGGCUCCUCCGCCGGCAUGCCAUCGCCCUUGAAGUUGUCCGCGUCGAAUCGUCUGGGUCACCCCUCGCUGGACCAGGGCUCGUCCGUUGGCACUCCGAUGACUUCCACACCACAUCACACUCUACCACCAGCUUCACUGAAUCGCCACCAACCAUUGCCCCACAUCGGCGGCGACAUGUCCCCUGUCACCACUAGUGCUGCUAUGCACAUGAACACCAGUCCAGCAUCCUACCCGUCACAGUUCACCUUUGACACUAGUGGACAGCAGCAGCGACGACACGAAGAAAGCCUCCAUCCCAACAGUCGACCGUACAUGACACCGAGCUCUACUGCUCAUCGCAGGUCUCCAAACGCAAGGUCCUACGGCAGUGGCAUGCGAGUGAAGAGCUUUUCGGGCAAUGAAAGUGGACUGGGAGCAUCGGCCAUGGACGGUUCUCUCUCAAUGAUGCCUCCCGGCCAUGGUCAUGGUGGUAGCAGCAUGCAGGUGACAUCUUCUGCCACGGGACAGCCAGCCGCCCCACAGCAACAGCACCCGAGGGCACGCAGAGCGUACCAUCAGCAACCACAGCACCACCAUCACCAGCAGCAGCAGCAACAGCAGCAACCUGCUUCGAAUAAACAUGAUGAUCAAGAUCUCGGUUACUCCAGCACUGAAGAGUUCCAAAUCGUCUAGCGGACACAAAGUGACGAAAAUUGUUGACGUAACCGAAUAGCUUUGCAUGACAUGACGUAACCGUAUAGCAUAACCGCAUGACAUGACGUACCGGCUAACUUUACUUCUUUCUUUCCGUUGAAUAUGACGUAAGAUGAAUACGAACUACUCUAUGAAUGAUUGCAUUUCUAUCUGUCCUACCUGUUAUCUCUUGACAUACUGAGAGUGGGUGUGAACUAUUAUACAGAACUAGUAGAGCUAUAUUGUUAAGUAAGUGCAAACGCAAUCAUAAUAGUGAGCAGCAUAGCAUUCAUUUCGCUUCCGUCCGGGUGCAAAUCAUUCCUGUUGAUGCCAUUCAUUUGCAUGCAACUCCUUCUUUUUGGAUAGUGCAGUAAUAAUUAUUUUAAAAACCAAGUAAGAUUUCAAGUAUCAUACAGCUACAGGCUUUUAAAGUGUUUACCGUUUCAUGCACAGAUUACUAGUAUUAUAUCUUCCCAGUAGAAGCAACUCGUCACAUCCACAUGUAAACUGAAGAUCCGCACAUCCUAUUUUUUAGUAUUUUCUAGACAUAUUUUAGUCCAUAUUUUAGUUGUAGUGUGGCUAAGUUACCAUUCAUCCAUAGCAUUUACAAACCGUGGCAUUUCACUACAUACAACUGUAACAUUCUGAUAGUCAGGCAUUGUGAGUAUCAUAAUAACGAUAAUAAAAUGGAUCUUGAUAGUGAAA